AUGGCAGUCCUAUUUGAAAAAAUCCUUACUCCAACAGAUAUUACCAAAAGACUUUCAAUCCCAAGUAGAUGCUUAGCCGAUUUUGCAAGUUCAGAACUCGAUCAAGAAGCUUAUGCUGUGGAAUUGAAGGUUAAGGAUCACGAGACAGGGUAUGCUCACAGCUUCUACUGCACAACUAGGAAGCGAGGCUACAAGAAACCAGUUUUCUCAAAAGGGUGGAUCAAGUUUGUUCGCCAGAGAAAUCUCCGAAUUGGGGACAAGGUCGUUUUUCUAAGAGAAGAAGACGGCGCAGGUGGGGUUGUGUUCAAGAUUGGAGCUAAGAGGAGAAUGAGACUAAUGGGCUUUGAUUUUGGGUAA